AUGUCUAAACUAUUUAAAUACAAAAAAGUUGGGAAUAGCUUAGUGGUUAUAACUAAAGAUUCAAUUGAAUUAAUGGAUUAAUUAAGAACAGAGCAUUCUAAUCUUUGCAAAUCCAAAUCUGAAUUGGAGAUAAAAAAAUAGUUGAUAGAGGAUAAAAUGAGAGAAUUAUCAAUCAAGUAAAAUUCCUUUUACUAACAUAGUGAUUAAUUAGAUAUUCCAAAGACAAUGUAUAAAUAUCCUAUUGAUUCUCAAAAUGAUUAAAGAACUUUAGAUGAAGAAAUAAACUUUCAAAUCAAUGACUAUUAAGAAUUCAUUUCUGAUUUUUAAGAAAAUGAUACAAAAACUAAAAAAGAAUUAUUUAAUUAUUUUAGUUAUAAAUCUGAUAUUAAAGAUCUAUUUAAUGAUCCUAAUAAUACAAACAAUCUAAAAAAACUUGCAGAAGAAUUUGGAAUUAAAUCAAAUAAUAUUAAUAAGAUGAAAUAACAAAUUACGAUAAUUUAGAAUUAUUUGUAAAACUAAUCAUUUCCAUCUUCAUGGAAUAAUAUUUAUAAUACAGAAUUAUUUGAUAAAUUAGAAAUUUGA